GGUGCGAGACUGCGGGAAGAGCUGAAACGCCGGUCGGAAUGGCUGGGUGUCGGUAGAGUCGUGUGCUCGGCGGGACACGCGGGCGCCUCUCCGUGUCCCCAGGAUGGAGCGGACGCACCGGCUGGAGCUGUUCCCUAACUACAGCGUCUCGCUGCUUCUCUUCCGACACGUGAAAAAUGCCGCUGCUCUACGGAAAAAAGCCAUGGAAGGAUCCAUUGAAGGGGCACUGAUAAACCCUGCCAUGAUUGUAGAUCCUUUUCAAAUUCUUGUGGCAGCCAACAAAGCUGUACAUCUACAAGCGACAGAUAAAAUGAAGACCAGAACUCUCUAUGCAGAAAUUAUUUUCAACCUUUCACCAAACAACAACAUUUCAGAUGCAUUUAAAAAGUUUGGCAUUUCAGACAGUGACACAGCAGUACUCAUUGUUCUGCUGGACAGCUACAAAACUGUAAAUCUGGAAGAUAUAGCAUCUCAGGUGGAAGGCCAACAGGUUCCUCUAGAUGAACUCCCCCAGCUAACAGACACUGCCAGAGUUAAAAAGAUAUACAAAGUUACUCCGCAAGAAGAAAAAAUCAGCACCUUAUUGGAUAGUGUUGUUUGCAGAAUGGCAACAAAAGAUGUCUUAUGAAAAUGUGGAAAGAAAUUUUUUUAAAGGAAAAAGAACUUUUUAAGGUGUAAAAUCACUUCAUUGCAGUUCAUCUUGCAUUUCAGAGAAAGUGGAGUAGUAGUGACUAGUUUGAUAACAUUUGAGCUUUAACCAAGGUUGGUUACCAAGCUUGGUAAUCUUAACUGUUUUCUAAGCACAGAGAGCAAUUCUGCCAUGCAAAGCAGAAUUUGCUGUUGGCAUUUCUGUCCUUUUUCUUGACAAGAGAAAAUUGCCAGUACUCUAAGCUGAACAUAAACCCUCCCUGAUUUGUUUUUUUGGUACACCCGAUGGAUGAUACCCUUUUAAGGAUACUACUGCCAGAAAAGGUGUCAUUAUGGCCCAACUAUUGCUGAUGGACUAGAAAAAGGAAAGUUUCCAUAAAAUAUCAGCAGCAUCUCCCUCCUUGUGCUAACAGUAUAGAGCAUUUCAGUGUUGGCAUUAAAGGAUACUGAGUGGUGCUUUUACUUUACAGCACUGGAUUAUGCACGGUGAUGCUGACUUCCUAGGGCCUAGUUCCAGGUGCAGAAUUCACAGACAAAUUUGUGCCAUAUUCACUUAAAAUUGUCAAUACAACUUACUUAGCAUUCCGAAAAGAUCACGGAACGUGUUUUGGUUUUUUUUUUGGAACCGAUGUUAGGAAAGACCAUUAAAGGGAAGUAGGGAGACUUGAUUUCCAGUAGUCACCAGGUCCAAGAGCCCUGCGUGAGUAUUAUUUAAUCACACACAGGCAUCCUGUUUAAGUAAAACUGCUGUCCUACUUAGGUAGAAAUCCAUACUGUUUGUUAUUGUUAUACUGUAUUGUUUUUGUGGGACAUGCUAAAACUGUAUAGUUGUCUGCAUUUUUUUUCCUAAUGUUCUUUGAGGUAUUAUGAUUUGUGUACUUACAAGAUAUUUGGAAGAGUAUGCCCCACAUUCUUACACAUAGCGUUUGGGAUAACAAAAUACAUUUUGACAGAGAUAUAAGUGUGAGUUAGAACUGAAAUGUUUUCCAGUACAGUAAAUAGGCCAGUGAACUGACGUAUAGACCUACUUUUGUCAUGUUUCCGUAUUUAAUAUGGAAAUCCCUAGCUUCUGUUUUGCAUUUUGAUUUUAUUAAGUCUUCCCUCAGUUUAAACCCAGGAGUACAAAUACCGUAUUUUUCUUACCAACCAGACCAAUGGCAAAUUUAGUUACCAAGUACCAAGGGAAUUCCAGGAUUUAUCAAAAGAAAGGGUUCUGGAGAAAUGGCUGUGCUGACUUCCUGCUUUAAAGAUGGUUUUGCAGAAUGCAUCAUCAUCUCUAAAGGGAUAUGUGAGGCAGUAGUAAAAAAUGGAGCUUGGAAGGGCUUGCGUCUUUUAAAAAAAAUGUGUGUAACAUCAGCAUGUGAGAAUGACCAUGGAAAAUAAAAGACUUGUUUUCAUUUUCUGACAGUCCAGUUGGUACAUGGAAUAUAUCAUAACAUUUACUGGCUGAACUACAAUGUUUUUGGUAGCCUAAAAUAACAGCUGACAGGUUUGCUUAAACCACGGCCUUUUUUGAACAUGUGUAAAACAUCCAUCCAGUCUCUUUAAUAGAGGAGAAAUAGUAAUAAAAUGAUGACUGUGUAAAAGUUUUGACACAAAAUUUGUAAAGUUGGGGUUACAGGUUCUACUUCUUGUUAGUCUAUUUCAUUGGUGUAGAAACAUUAAAUAGUUUGUUACUGUUGACAUAAUUUGGGAAAUUGUGAUUUCCUGUGAGACCCAAAUGAGGUAUUUUCAUGGGUGGAUUUGCAGGAAAUUAUUUUGGGAGCUGAAGCCUCCAAAGUAGCACUCAGGCAGAUGAUUUGGGUCUGUUAGCAAUGAAGACUGUGCCCUGCAGGACCACAGGUUUCCCUUAGUCCUAGUUGCAUUAUCCAAGUUAAAGAGUUAUUUACAAGAACUGGUAAUAAACGUAGAUUUUGUUCACCCUGCAAA